AUGUCUUUUACGAAUGCAUCAAAGAAGUUCAACUUCAACGUUAAUACUUUGAAACUUACUCCUGAAAAAUUAGCUGAAUGGUGCAAACGACGUACAUCAAAUACAUUACCUUUAUCACAAGCUUUUAGUAAAGAAUCUUCUCAGUUAUCUCAACCGUCAACUGACUGCGCAUCUGACCCUCAGGAAAUGAAUGUUACUUUUCACCGUUUGGAAACGAUUGAGGCAUGUAAGGAUUUACGUGCCUUAGAAAAAAUUCAAGAAUCCCAACUUCAUAUAAAUCAGGAUCUUGAUUAUCUUGAAAAGUCUUUGGAAUCUUUCGAAGACGAAUUAGCCGGAGCACGAA